AUGGUCUUCAUCCGGAGCUGGCUCACCACCCGAGUCCUGCUGCAAACGUGCAAGAUUCCCAGGAUUCCCCAGGCUCCCUGUGCGCUGAGGCUCCUGAACACAGAGACUGGGAAAGAGUCUGCAUCUUGGCUCCCGAGAAGGCUGCGUGGCAAGAGGCGGUCAGUGAUGGCAAUCUGCCUCCUGAUGGCCCUGUCUGCAGUGGUUGUCACCCGCUUCCCGCCCCUGCAUCCUGGUUCCACAGAACCCCAGGGGGGAACGGGUGUCUCUGUCCCCCACGGCUGGUUGGCUCUGAGCUGCAGCCGGAGGCAGCGGGCAAGGAGCCUGGGCUUGCGGAGAGGCCUGGCUCUGCCCCGGAAUUCCAGCUUGGCCUGUGCCGAGGAGCAAGGCCGCGGAGAGAGAGUGGACAGAAGCAAGCGUUCCCCAGGAGGGGACAGCAGGCGCCCUGGGAGAGUCAGGAGGGACAUGGCGUCAGCAGCUCCCGGAGGUUCAAGACUCAGCACUUGGCAUCUUGUACGACUGAGGGAGGAUGGGGCCAGGGGCCCAGGAGCUAGAGACCAUGGUCGCCCCUUGGCAGACAGUCCCACACACACAGAGAGGAGCACCCUGGUCAGCCAGCUCACAGAGAGUGAAAGGAACACUUUCCAGACUUGGAGGGCUACUGCUGGACCCUCUCUGCAGCCCCACCUGGCUGCAGGCAAGGAGUUCCCAGGAACUGAGAAGAGUCAACACGCAGGAGACCCCAGCCCAGCCUGGGGGGCUCCCUGGUGGCCUGGCUCUGUUGAGGAGUUGCAAGCAUCAGUCUGGUGUGGCACCGAGACCUCUGAGCUGUUGAUGGACAUGAGGACCAGUGGGCAGAUUCCCCCAUGGUUCACAGAGCAUGAUGUGCAGGUCCUUAGGCUGCUGGCCCAAGGAGAGGUGGUGGGCAAGGCCCGGGUGCCCGGCCACGGGCAGGUCCUGCAGGUUGGCCUCUCCACCGAGGGCGCCCUUCAGGACGUGCCUCCACCUGACCUCGGCCAGCGUUGCUCCCAAGGGCUCUGUGGCCUCAUCAAGCGGCCAGGGGACCUGCUGGAGGUCCUGUCCUUCCAUGUGGACAGGGUGCUGGGGCUGAAGCGGAGCCUGCCCGCCGUGGCCCGGCGUUUCCACAGCCCCCUGCUGCCCUAUCGCUACACGGAUGGGGGUGCCAGGCCCCUCAUCUGGUGGGCACCGGAUGUACAGCACCUGGCGGACCCUGACGAUGACCAGAACUCACUGGCCUUAGGCUGGCUGCAGUACCAAGGCCUGCUGGUGCAUGGUUGCGGCCAGCAGGGCCAGGCCCUGUGCAUGGGCAUCCACCGCACUGAGUGGUCCCGCUUGGCACUCUUUGACUUCCUGCUGCAGGUCCAUGACCGCCUGGAUCGCUACUGCUGCGGCUUUGAGCCUGAGCCCUUGGACCCCUGCGUGGAAGAGAGGCUCCGGGAGAAGUGCCGGAACCCGGCUGAGCUGCGGCUGGUUCACAUCCUGGUCCGGAGCAGCAACCCAUCUCAUCUGGUCUACAUCGAUAAUGCUGGAAACCUUCAUCACCCAGAAGACAAGCUGAACUUCCGGCUGCUGGAGGGCAUAGAUGGGUUUCCCGAGUCGGCUGUGAAGGUGCUCACAUCAGGGUGUCUACAGAACAUACUGCUCAAGUCACUGCGGACGGACCCGGUGUUCUGGGAAAGCCAGGGCGGGGCCCAGGGCCUGGAGCCGGUCCUCCAGACCCUGCAGCGGCGGGGACGGGCCCUGCUGGAGCACAUCCGGGUGCACAAGCUGACCCUCUUCAGGGAUGAGGACCCCUGA